CAACUUUACACCUGAAUGAACGCCAAACCUCUGUGGAUAUAUAAAGGGAACCUUGAGGAGGAAUUUCACAGCUACAGUGCAGAAGCAGAGGGAAAGGAAUAAACCAGCUCUUCAGUCAAGCAGAUCCUCUACUCACCAUGCUUCCUCCUGCCAUUCAUUUCUAUCUCAUUCCCCUUGCAUGUAUCCUAAUGAAAAGCUGUUUGGCUUUUAAAAAUGAUGCCACAGAAAUCCUUUAUUCACAUGUAGUUAAACCUGUUCCAGCACACCCCAGCAGCAACAGCACGUUGAAUCAAGCCAGAAAUGGAGGCAGGCAUUUCAGUAACACUGGACUGGAUCGCAACAGUCGGAUUCAAGUGGGUUGCCGGGAACUUCGUUCCACCAAAUACAUCUCUGAUGGCCAGUGCACCAGCAUCAGCCCUCUGAAGGAGCUGGUGUGUGCCGGCGAGUGCUUGCCCCUGCCAGUGCUUCCUAACUGGAUUGGAGGAGGGUAUGGAACAAAAUACUGGAGCAGGAGGAGCUCCCAAGAGUGGAGGUGUGUUAAUGACAAAACACGCACACAGAGAAUCCAGCUGCAGUGCCAAGAUGGCAGCACACGCACCUACAAAAUCACGGUGGUCACUGCCUGCAAGUGCAAGAGGUACACCCGGCAGCACAAUGAGUCCAGUCACAACUUUGAGAGUGUGUCUCCUGCCAAGCCAGCCCAGCAUCACAGAGAGCGGAAAAGAGCUACCAAAUCCAGCAAGCACAGCAUGAGUUAGAACUCAGACUCAGACUGGACUGACUACUAACCAUCUGCUUUACAGAUUUGAUUGCUUGGAAGACUCAAGCCUGCCAUUGCUAUUUUCUCACUUGAAAGUAUAUGCUUUCUGCUUUGAUAGAGCCCAGCAAACUGUCCUAAGUAUCAGGACCUUCUCUGGGAACUGCUUUUCCUUUUCAAGUUUUUCAAGAUGUACGUAUGUUCAUGCGUGCAAUUUGCAUUUAAAUUCCACACAUCCUGUAGUUUUAAUUCCCCAUAAUUCUUAAAAGACUAUUGACACUAUAUACACCCCUAAACCUGAAUCUUUACAUUUUAAAACAGAAAAAGGCUCUCUUACUCUCCAUUCCCUAGCCCAUCCCUGCCCUUUCCAAACAAACCCCCUUCAAAACAGAAAAGUUAAAAAAAAAAAAGUGUUGCCAUGAAUCUUCAUAGUAACAUUUCAGAAAGGUGCUUUUUUGGUAAUUUUCAU